CGUGCCUCUCCCUCCCGUGCCGGCUGCUGGCACCUCGUCGUCCCUCUCACCAUUCUCCUCCGCCCCGCACCCCGUCCGCCUGCUUCUUCCUUCCACGCCGGCGCUCCGUCCGAACGGGCCUCUAUCUAUUUAACCCGGGAACCCCAGUGCCGAGACGAAAAGAUCCUUUCUCUCUCUCGCAUCCGCCCAAAACGCACGCGCCCGCUCGGCCUGCACCUCUGCCGCGUAGCCAUCCAAGACAAGCCAAAUCGCUGCUCCUUCCUCGGCUCCUCCUCCGCCCGCGCUUAAUUAAACAAAACCCACCCAAAUUUAAGCGAUCCGCAAACAGCCGAAAGCGAGGAAGGCAGGUGGCGUCUGCGCCGUCGGGAAUUUCGCCCCGCUUCCUCGUCGUCGUCGAUCCAUCCACCCACCAACCCAUGGCCGCGCCGAGGGAGCGCGAGGCUCCGGCGACGAGAUGAGGGGAGGCGCGGCGGGAUGAGCAUGAGGUGCAAGAAGCACCCGUUCCCGGCCGGCGGCGGCGGCGUCUGCGCCACGUGUCUCCGCGGCCGCCUGCUCGUGCUCGCGGCCGAGCGGAACGGCGCGUCCUCCCCGCCCGCGCGCGCGCAGGCGCAGGCCCCUCCGGCGCCCGAGCCCGCGGCGUUCCCGAGGUCGGUGUCGCCGUACGUGUCCCGCAGCAAGUCGGACGCCGCGGGCGGGGGCGGCGCGCUCAGGCACCACCCGAGCCUGCUCUUCUUCCGGACGCCGCAGGUGGGGCCGGCCUACGGCGGCGCAGCGCUCCAGGAGGGCGACAUCGGCUACGAGUACGAGAAGCGGCGCGCGGGGAAGUUCUCGGUCCUCGCCACGCUCUUCGGCCACCACCACAGAUCGGCGCAGGAGGGCAAACAUCAGGGGGGCGCCAGGGAGCGCAAGAAGCAUUCUUGGCUCGUCGGAAUCAUACCGCGCCGCCGCAAGAAGCAGGCGCCGGCGGCGGCCGCCGCCUCCUCGCCGCCGUCGGCCCCGCCCAGUCGCUUCUGCCGCGUGCUCAGCAACCGGGGCCUCUCGCCGGAGCGGGACAGCCAUGGAAGCGGCGAGGAGAGCAGCUCGCCCGCCGCGGACCCGCCGUGGAGGCCGUCCCCUUCCCCGAUGCGGAAGACCCCGUGCCGGCGCCGCCAGACCAACAGCAUGGCGUCGGGCUUCGCCGUCUGCCUCAGCCCGCUAGUGCGGCCCAGCCCGGGGCGCCGCCACCGCCCGGUCCAGCCGCCAGACCCCGGCGCCUUCUCCAGCGAGCUCCGGUCAUCGCCGCUCCACAACCUCUCGUCCGUCGCCUCCGUCACGCGCUGCCGCUCCCGGAAGCUCGCCGACGGUGGCCGGUUCCGGUGAUCUUUCCAUGUUUACCCUUUUUCAUCCCCUGAUUAUCACCACCUAAUCAGGAUUACUAGUCCAAUUUCUUAGCUUCUCUUCCUUUUUUGGAUUUACAUUUUGUCCACCUGUGAAGAGAAGAGUCUGUCUGUAAGAUUGGCACACCCAAACUCCAAACCACUCCGUUGACAUGUACAAGGUUAGGUUACUACUGCUUGUCGGCCCAACAUGAUUAUGUGGCAAUGUAACAAGCUGCUUGUAUCAAGUAUUUGUUCAUGUUUGUACAGCUAGCUAUCUAAUCUUGUUGUUUUGCAAAAUUGAACUCUCUUUAAUCCAAGCUUUUUCCGGCACCUGUUUA